AUGAAAAACCUUAUUAAAAAAACACAAACACCUAGACUAAGAAUGAGUAAACAAAGUAAAAGUAGUCAUAAAUCAUCAAGUAAAAUGGAUUCAUCAGUAUCAUUGUCAAUAUCAGAGAGUGAUGAAUUAGAUUUAGAAGAUAUUUGGGUAGAAAGUCUUACGUCAUUAAGUCCAGAAAUAACAAGUGCAGUAUUUAAUUACAUUUUAAGACCAAGUUUAGAAGAACAAGAAAAAAAGAAGAAUGCUAUGAUUUUACUUUCAUUUUAUAAUGCAUGUAAUAAAAUUCCAGAACUUAUUGAUUUUUGUGUUGAAAGAGAUUAUUAUUGGAAAUUAGACGAUGUUUCAAAGUAUUCACCAUAUUCAACUAUUCUUUCAUCUAUUAUCCACGUGUCAUAUCAAAAUUUUUUUCAUGAAA